GUUUAGGCGCAUGUUCAAGUUAGAUUUCAAUUACGAAUGAAAAAUGUGAUUCGAGUGUAAAACAAGUUGUUGUUUUUAAAUUCCCAAGAGUUUACAAGUAUUAAUUGGAAAAUAUUUAUUUAACCCAUGUCAAAGAGUAUGGCUACAUCUCCGAAGUACGCGCAGAUGCAAGUCAUGCUCUUUCUCCUGUAUGUCAUCCCCGUAAGGGCCCAGUCUUCGGAUUACGAUCAAAAUUACGAUUCGGAUCAAAAGUGUUCUUUGGUACGACUCCCCUGAGUGUUUAUCGAGACAAGUAUGUGGGCUGGAACUUACCUUCCCGGACAAAAGUUGCCAUUGUGAUGCAAUGUGUCGUGCGAUGGGGGAUUGUUGCAGACACAUUAACCAUAAUUUUUCAGCUGAAAACAUUGUCUCUGUUCCACGACCUGCACUGUUUUCAUGUGAACGAAUUUCUGGGAUGAUUGAAUCCGCAAAAACAUAUGGAGUUUUAUUUGUCACAAAAUGUCCAGAUAUAUGGGCUGACCAGGAAAUAAGAAAAUUAUGUGAAGAAAACAACCAUUUUACAGACGAUUUGAAUUGUAAAAUUCCUGUCAGUGACCAAACAGAAUUUCAGGUGAUGUACAGGAAUAUGUACUGCGCGUUUUGCAACGAGGAAUACGACUUUUUGUAUUGGAAAGCCCAAUAUGAAUGCAAAGAACCUUUAGAAGUCCGAGCUAUACCUGGUAAUCCGCUCUGUCGUUUGUCAUUUUCGCGACCGGAGCACCACGUCAAAUACCGUCUGUGUCUUUUGACUCAACCACUAUCGACAUGUCCAGAGGAAUCAAAUAGGUCUCUGGUUGAAAUGUGUGCACGAAAACCCUAUUAUGUCGUCUAUGAUGAUGCAUGGGCCACACAGACAUAUCGGAAUGAGUAUUGUGCACAAUGUAAUGGCAUACAGGUCGAUAACAUUUACUGUGAAAAGGUUCAAUCAUAUGAAUAUGAAUACAUGUACUUCGAUCCUGAUCCAAAUCCUGUAUACAGCUAUCGUUUGUUGGUUGAUAUAAAUAACAAUAAAAUAUCUGACAAUACUCAAGUUUUUACUAAUACAUCAAAAUGCGAGGAUAAUGCUUUAUUCGACGUAGUGUAUGGAAAAUGUAGAACGAUAGUCUGUCCGCGCGGAAGAUUGCCAAUGCAGGGACGAUGCAUUAUUCGCUCGAAAAAUGACAGCGAUGACAUACAUGCGGGGAUUCGUGUGAAUACAUCUGGAAUUGACAUGAACUGUACGUUAGUUCAACUAGACAAGGAGGAAUACACACAUUCAAACGAUUCACGAUUGUUUAUUAUACCAAUCGGUAGAACAAUCACUCACACUGAAUAUUUACAGAAUGACUCAGAAGUGUUUAUAUGCCAACAUCUGCUACCGGUCUGUUCAGUUGAUUGUAGCGUGCCCGAAGUUAAAAUGAUUUCAGGAGAAAUCGAGGGGUACAUUUCUUUGAUAGGAGUCAUCAUUUCGACAGCAGCGUUAUUUCUGACAUUACUUGUAUAUAUAUCAUGUCCCCGAUUACUGAACACCCCUGGAAAGAUCAUGUUAUGUCUCGUUCUUUCAUUGUUAUUUGCGCAGAUAACUUUCAUUAUUGCAUCGAAAAUGAACUCUGUGUCAUUUAUGUGUACGGCCAUUGCGGUGUUAAUACAUUAUUUCUUCUUAGCAGCAUUCGGCUGGAUGAAUGUUAUAGCUUUCGACCUCUGGAAGACAUUUUCUAAAAGCUUUGUUACAUCCGGGUCUGUAGAUAAAGCUGGCAAGCGUUUUCGUUUGUAUAGCAUUUACGCUUGGGGUAUACCCAUGAUUUUACUUGGAAUCGCUUUGAUUAUUGAUCAAGCUGAUUUGGAUAUUAACCCGGAUUUUAAACCAAGAUACGGCAAAGGCUUAUGCUGGUUUAAUUCUCGAGUGAGUUUAAUUGUGUUUUUCGCUGGGCCACUUGCAGUUUUCAAAUUAUUUGAUAUUGUAUCGUUUGUAUUCACAGCUGUACAUAUUGCACGUGCAAACAGGCAGGGUGCCAGAGCAAGGACUAAGAAAAAUGCAUGUUCCCUACUGAUUAAUCUGAAACUGUCCAUGGUGAUGGGUCUCACAUGGGUGUUCGCAUUUCUGGCCAAUAUUAGCAACAAUUCAGUAAUGUGGUAUCUCUUUAUCUUGUUCAACACUCUGCAAGGCUUGUUUAUUGCAAUUAGUUUCCUGUGCACCAGAAAGGUUAGUAGGCUUGUGCACGAGAAGUUUGAGGUGAUAUCAAGUGCGUUGUCCAGUAAACAAAAAUCCUCGGGAACUCAACUUACGUCGCUCGCAAAAUCGUCAGAAUAGUAAACAUACGUUAUAUGCGCAUUUUUGAAAUAGUUUAGAUUGAUUCUAAUUUAAUAGCGGGUAGUGAAGUAUGAUCAUCGACUCAAUUGUAAUACCUAUUUUAGAUUGAUUCUAAUUUAAUAGCGGGUAGUGAAGUAUGGUUAUCGACUCAAUUGUAAUACCUAUUUUAGAUUGAUUCUAAUUUAAUAGCGGGUAGUGAAGUAAGGUUAUCGACUAAAUUGUAAUACGUUUUUUAGAAUGAUUCUAAUAUAAUAGGGGGGAGUGAAGUAAGAUUAUCGACUAAAUUUUAUUACCUAUUUUAGAUUGAUUCUAAUUUAAUACUGGGUAGUGAAGUAUGGUUAUCGACUUAAUUGUAAUACGUAUUUUAGAUUGAUUCUAAUUUAAUAUCGGGUAGUGAAGUAUGGUUAUCGACUAAAUUGUAAUACCUAUUUUAGAUUGAUUCUAGUUUAAUAGCGGGUAGUGAAGUAUGGUUAUCGACUAAAUUUUAACAAAUAUUUGUUAUUUCCCUUCAUACUUGUAUAUUUUAAUUUGUAGUAUAUAUCUAUGUAGAGUUAAUAAUUUAUGGACCGCCUUUACAGCAUGGCGCAAUAUGAAUUAUUGUUAUUUAGUUACCCGAUAUUGUGUUUAUAAAAGCUUCAUAAAACUAAAUUGGAGAAAUAUAGGAACAAUUCAGUAAGUGUUUGCUUAUUUUACCAAUAAACAAAAACAAAAAAUAGCAAAGUGUGGAUACAUAUUUGAGAAGAUGGUUUGCCUUUUUAUGUGUUUCUCGA